AUGAAAGCACGACACCAACCUCUCUGCGUCAAAGCCCUCGACUUUUUAAACAAGAAAUCAAUAUUGAGCAAUUCAUCAGCACUAGAUGAGAAUAAAAAUAGUAGUUUUGAAAUGACCGCUAUCGGCGCGUUGGGCGCGACCGGUGGCGUGGGGGCGCCCACGCUGGUGUCGGAGUCCGUCGAAGUGGAGAUGGUGCAGGAAGGGGAGGGCCAGGGGGGUGACGGGCUUAUCGCGCCCCGUCGGCUGCCCAAUCCCUGUCUAGAGAGCCCGCAGCGCAUGGACUUGCACCGGGAGCUGAUGUUCAAUCAGAGGAUAGGCAAGAACGUCCUAAACCAGAAGAGCGAAUUACAAAAGGCGUUAUCGAAACACAAAGAGAAGCAGCUUAUGAACCAAGUCAAAGAACACAGAGAAACUCCAGAAUUAGAGAGGGCGAUAGCUGAGCGCGCGCGCCGCCUGGAGCAAGCGGAACAGAGUGCAGAAGAAAUCGAUCCCGCCACCAAUCCCACUUUGCAGGAGAUUCGCGCGCGCCUGCGGCAUGCCGCUCCACCAACGCCAUCUCCCGCCGCCUCCGCGCAC